UCCUAGGUCUAUCUCUUCCUCUCACCAUCCCCUCCUCUCUCCCAUGGCGACCGCCUUGUCGACCUCUCUCUCACUGCCCCGCGCCCCCUCCCCGUCCCCCUGCAAACCCCACCUCUCAUCCUCUUUCCUCCCUCCCUUUUCCUCCUCCUUCCGUCCACUCCUCCGCGGCGGACCCUCUCUUCUUCGCACUCCGAGGCCUCCCGCCGUGAAAGCCAUGGCUCCACCCAAGUCCUCAGGGAAACCCAAAAAGGUGGUGGGUGUUAUCAAGCUUGCUCUGGAGGCGGGGAAAGCGACUCCGGCCCCGCCGGUGGGUCCAGCACUGGGGUCCAAGGGCGUCAACAUAAUGGCCUUCUGCAAGGAGUACAAUGCCAAGACCGCCGAUAAGGCCGGCUACGUGAUUCCCGCGGAAAUCACGGUUUUUGAUGAUAAGAGCUUUACUUUCAUUCUGAAGACUCCUCCUGCUUCGGUUUUGCUUCUCAAGGCUGCAGGAGUUGAGAAAGGUUCAAAGGAACCAAAGCUAGAAAAGGUGGGGAAGAUAACCAUUGAGCAACUACGUGCCAUAGCAACAGAAAAGCUGCCAGACUUGAACUGUAAAAAUAUUGAAUCUGCCAUGAGAAUUGUAGCAGGUACUGCAGCUAACAUGGGCAUCGACAUCGACCCUCCAGUACUUGAACCCAAGAAGAAAGUACUUCGAUAGCAAGUAUUUUUCUUAUUCCACUGUCAUUUUUUCUCAAUUGGAAUCAGUGGCUUGUAAUUUCCACUUAUGUGUUGGCAUCCCUAUUCGGUCUAAACAAAUUUUUGGCCCUACUUUAUAUUCUUUGGGAACUCAUUUGUUGUAUACAAGUUGUCAAACAGUAAUUCUAAUUAUCCCCAAUGUGCAAAGGCUUUUGUUGCAUAAA